AAGAUCACUAUGUUAGAUCAUUUUCCUCUGCUGUUUAAGACACUGUAGUGUAGGGUCCAUAAUGACCAUCAUCAUCCUAGUCUCCUCCGUCUGUCUCCUUUCAACCAUUUCCUAAAUACCUCUCUCUGUUCAAUCAUUCAUUCCUUCAUUCAUAUACAUUUCUGUCACUUUCUUUCUUCUCAUAACUUACUUACCUCAUAUUUUGCCUCCCUACUAAUGGAUUCUCAUCUCUUUGAUCAAGAUAAGAAGAAAACAUGGAAGCAAACAAUUCUGCUAUCGUUUCAAAUUGUGGGUAUAGUUUAUGGUCAACUGAGCACGGCACCUUUAUAUGUAUUUGGGACAAUGCGAGAGAGCGAUCUUGCAGCAGAUCAGGAAGUUGUUUAUGAACUCUUCUCCUUUAUUUUCUGGACGCUCACCAUAAUUUCCUUGCUGAAGUAUGCCUCCAUAGUGUUGAAAGCUGAUGAUGAAGGAGAGGGUGGCACUGUUGCUUUGUACUCACUGCUGUGUAGAAAUGCAAAAGUUGGUCUACUCCCAUGUGACACAAGUGCAAACGAGGUUAUGCUUUACGAGGAGAAAAGUUCUCCCAAGAUUAAAGCCGAUUCAAGAGCACGAAGGGCCAUUGAGAAACACAAGAUCUGUCACUAUUUAAUAUUGUUCUUAGCUCUCUUCGGUUCCUGCAUGACUAUUGGGGACGCAGUGCUCACUCCAGCCCUUUCAGUGUACUCAGCUUCAGCAGGAGUUCAGAGAUCCUUGACAGACAUAUUGAAAGACAUAUUUGGCUCGUCAGAACAUACUAAGGAGUCCGUGUCAAAGGCUCUAAAAGCAUAUGUACCUGUUCCCUCUGCGUGUGUUAUAUUGGUUGGCCUGUUCAUGCUGCAGCAUUGCGGUACACGUAAAAUUGGGAUCAUGUUUGCACCAAUAAUUGCUGCUUGGCUGCUGUUUGUUGCUGCGGUGGGAACGUAUAACAUUUUCCACUGGGAUGUAAAAAUCAUCUAUAAAAUAUCCCCAUUCUACAUAUACAGAUUCUUCACAAAAAUUGACAUCCACAGAUGGAGAUUGUUAGGGAGCGUCAUUUUAUGCGUAGCAGGAUCGGAGGCAAUGUUUGCAGGCCUAGGCCAUUUCUCCAAGAAAUCAAUUAAGAUUACAUUUAUAUGCUUCAUCUAUCCGCUUCUUGUGUUAUGCUAUGCGGGUCAGGCUGCAUACAUUUCCAAAAAUUUAACUUCUUCUGAUUUUAAUCAUCUUAGCCAAUCCAUGCCAGGUCAGUGCAAACACUUGUACAUAGUGUUAUCCCUACUCUCUUCAGCCGUGGGAAGCCAAGCUACCAUAACAGCGUGUUUCUCCAUCAUUAACCAGUGUCUCGCAUUGAAUUGCUUUCCCAGAGUAAAAGUUAUUCACACAUCAAAAUCUAUAAACGGGCAGAUUUACAUCCCCGAUGUCAACUGGCUAUUGAUGAUUUUCAGCCUCACUGUAACUAUUGGUUUCAGAGACAUUGUGAAAAUUGGCAAUGCAACAGCAUUGGCUAUUAUAAGUGGAAUGCUUGUGACUACGAGUCUGAUGUCACUGAUCAUUGCUUUGUAUUGGGAUAAGGACAUGAUGGUGUCUGUGUACUUUCUUGUAUGUUUUGGGUUCAUAGAGGCUGCAUAUCUUUCGGCAUGUCUGCUACAGUUCCACAAGGGAUCGUGGUAUCUGGUUGUCCUAUUGGCAGUUACGAUGACAGUGAUGCUUUCAUGGCACUAUGGAAGUAUGAAGAAGUACGAGUUUGAUUUGCAAAACAAAGUAUCAACAGAGUGGCUGAUAGAUAUAAGUCCAGGCCUUGGGAUUUCGAGGGUACCCGGAAUUGGCUUCAUUUACACGGAAAUAGUGGCAGGAAUCCCAGCUUUCUUUUCACAUUUCAUCACAAAUCUUCCUGCAUUCCAUCAAGUCUUGAUCUUGGUAUCAUUCAAGUCCGUCCCAGUGCCUUACAUAGGAGAAAGUGAGAGGUACCUGAUAGGUAGGAUCGGGCCAAAGGAUUACAAAAUAUAUCGGUGCAUUGUGAGAAGUGGAUACUGUGAUCACAUAAGGGACACGGGUGAUUUUGAGGAGAAGAUUCUUCGUUCAAUAGGGGAAUUCAUAUCCAUUGAACAGAAUGACAUUGAGUCGAGGAUGAGUUGCCCAGAUGAAAGAAUGAUGCUUGUUGGAGAUUCAAGGGAUGAUGGAAAUGGUUUGGUCCCUCUGGAGGAUUUAGAGUCAUCAUCAUCAUCAUCAUGCAUGGUGCAAAGCCAGGUGAACAACGAAUCUCAGAUAAGCCCGGUGGCAGAAGAGGCGAUGGAGAGUAGCAGUGGUUGUAAGAAGAGAAAAAAGGUUCGGUUCAUGUUGCCUCAUAAUAGUCCUAAAAUGCAGGUAUCUGUUAGGAAUGAGCUUUUGGAGCUGAUCGAUGCAAGGGAGAGUGGAAGUGCAUAUUUCUUGGGGCAGUCACAUUUAGUUGUGCGUGAUGGCUCAAACUUUCUCAAGAGAUUCUUAAUAAUGGUCUAUCGUUUCAGUGAAAAAAAUUCUCGAGAACCUCCAGUGGCUCUUAAAAUCCCUCAUGCUGCUCUUGUGGAAGUUGGUGUCGUAUGUACUAUAUAGCUCCAACAUGGUAGAUUGCAGUAUUUCGUAGGAUGACACAAAAUUUGUGUCAUUUCUGUAUUUCGUACCAGUAGUAGAUUGCAGACUGUGCAAAAUGGUGCUACUGGAGUUUUGAUUGAAGCGGCAUACGAUGCCAAUGGGAUCAGAAUUUCGAAUUUAUGCUCUCAUCGUCUUCAAGAAUAUGUUUAUUGAAGUUUUUCUUUAUGCCCUGUGAAUGAAUAGUUAACAUGUUAUUACUCA